GCGUGCGUUCUCGCGAGACCUGGGCCGGGCCGCCUGUCAGGGGCCGUCAUGGCCGGCGGUGGCGGCGCCGAGGCGCGCACCAGCCUGACCGCUUUCGUCUUGGGUGGCUCCGUGGCCGCCGUCCCGCUGCUGCUCUCGGCCCCUCCACCGGCGCUGCUUUCCGGGCCCGGCAUACAGGGCCGGGUCGCUCUGGCGCUUCAUGUGGCCGGGGUCAACGCCGCCCUUCUGUUGGGCUGGGGACGAGCGCCGGGCGGGAUGUAUCAGAUUGCCAUCCGUGCCUGCUUCUUGGGCUUCGCUUUUGGGUGUGGCUUGUUGCUCAGCUUCGGACAAUCUUCAUGGAGACAUUUUGGCUGGUACAUGUGCUCUCUGUCGGUCUUUCAUUAUUCGGAAUACUUGGUGACAGCCAUAAACAACCCUAGGAGUUUGUCUUUGGACUCUUUCUUGCUGAACCAUAGUUUUGAAUAUAAUUUCGCUGCACUGUCCUCAUGGGUGGAGUUCACUGUGGAGAAAUUCAUUUUUCCAGAGAUGAAACAGGUCACUUGGCUGAGCUCAGCAGGACUGCUGAUGGUGGUUUUUGGGGACUGCCUGAGGAAAGCUGCCAUGCUCACAGCUGGCUCCAAUUUCAACCACAUUGUUCAGAAUGAAAAAUCAGAGACUCACACUCUGGUGACCAGAGGAGUGUACGGGUGGUUCCGUCACCCUUCUUAUGUCGGAUGGUUUUACUGGAGUAUCGGGACCCAGAUCUUGCUCUGUAAUCCCAUUUGCGUGGUGGGCUACACCCUGGCCUCCUGGCGCUUCUUCCGAGAGCGGAUAGAAGAGGAGGAGAUGACACUCAUCCACUUCUUUGGCGAAGAGUACCUGGUGUAUAAAAGACGGGUGCCGACGGGUCUGCCCUUCAUCAGGGGGGUUAAAGUGGAACUAUGAGAGCACGGUCCAAGGCUUAGCCCCAGGCCAACCGGUCUCUGCUUAGAGAACAGCACAGUGUGCCCUGCUGGUACCAGUAGUGGUCAGUUUUAAUCCUUAGCGGUGACUUUGCCUGGAGGUUUGUUAAGGGCUACGCAGAAGCUCAGGCUCUCAGUCCACCUUAGUUCAAACUAGAGGAAGUCUUUCUGGAUUCCCGAAGCUGCACUGAACUCUCAAGCCCAAGUCACAAGGCUGAGUUUUAUUUUUUAAAGCGAAAAGGCCACUGCUGUGCCUCGGGGCAGCUCCAAUGGACUGGAAUGCAUCCCGGCAGGUUGUUUCCAAAAACAAGCUUGCACUUUCAGUAACCGCCAUCGGCCGAGAAGGGGGUCUGCAUGGGAGCUCACCUCUCUCUGGUAAAAACUCUUUUUUAAAAAAACAAAACAAAACACCUUUUUUUGGAUACAUUUCCCCUUCCCUCCCUUCUAAAAGGGCUUUAACUUCUGGGCCCAAUAACAGAAGCCCUUCGGUCUUAACUCUUCCAGCGGGCCAGAGGCUUGCAGCAAUUUGGCCCUUUUAAAACGCAUGACCUUUUUUUGAAAAUCACUCCUGGAAUAAUGUUUACCUAAGAGAUUGUCGCCAUCACAGACUAAAGACGUUUUCCCCUUCCGGUAAAGAUGGGGUUUCCUAAACGCCACACAGCCAGGCUUGCGUUACACCUCACCAACGAAUGAAAAAUAUGUCUCUGCAUUUAAA